UGUAAUUUGGAUCAUAGUUGUUUUGCUUCAAAAGUUUAGCUUGCUCGCGCUGUGUAGAUCUAUUUAUGCGUCUGGGAAUAAUUGCAAAACAGUUUAAACAUUAGCAAUUGCCUUAAUCUCUGCUGCUGUGUUUGGUUGAACGAUUUGGAGGAGAUUGUCAACGUGUUCAGAGAAGCCGGACGAUGGGCCAAUAUUAGGCUAAAAUUGAAUAAAAAGGAAAGCUCUAGCAUAAAGUGCAUUUUAGCACUGACAUCAACUCAAAGGCAUCGUAAGCAACCAUGCCAUGGGAAGGUACUCCAAAGCUCCCAGUUGGCGUGGAACAGUUGGAAAAUCAAGUUGCCGGUCAUACAGCUGCUCAAGGAUGUGUUGGUCUUCUGAAAACUAGUAAUAAUGAUGGAACGAUCCUGAAGCCAACCGGGAAGGUGCUUUGUGGCAUAAGAGAGAUUGCUUUCUAUGAACGAUUGGAAGAUGUGCAGAAAAACGCGGACAUCCAGACUGACGCCGAUGCCGUUGAUGCUACAAGAGCCUCGUUCGAACUACUUAAUCGCAUUGUGCCGCGCUACUACGGUCACCCGAAGCUCACGAUUGAGGGGAAGGUGAUGGAAUUUAUCCAGUUAGAAGACUUAACCGAUGGUUUUGAGCAGCCGUGCAUUAUGGAUGUGAAAAUUGGUCGUCGCACUUGGGAUCCGCUAGCGACACCCGAGAAGCGAAAAGCAGAGGAAAGCAAAUAUAAAGCCUGUAGGCAACGGUUUGGACUCUGUAUACCAGGAUUUCAGGUUUUUUCACACCGCUGUGGAGGUCAGUUAAUUCGGCAUGGGAAGGAUUAUGGCAAGAAGCUCACGGAGGUUAACAUUCGUGAUGCAUUCCUUUUGUUUUUGAAUGCGUCGGAAGAUGGAAAACUACAGCGCAAUCUAAUAGAAACUUUUCUACAAGAACUCAUUCUAAUCGAAAGCUGGGCUCGAAAACAAACUUCUUUUCGGCUGUACUCCAGUUCGGUGCUGCUGUUAUACGAUGCUUCUCGACUUGAAAGCAAUAUUCUGGAGCACCGGAAUAUCAAAGGUUUGAAUAGAAAUCACAAGGAAAGGGCGCUGGACAUGCGGUCAAAUUGGGUGAAAGCAAGAAUAAUUGAUUUCGCGCAUGCAUUUCCGGCAGAGGAGGGCACUGACAGCGUAGACGAUAACUACUUACAGGGAAUAGCGAGUCUUGUAGGCUUCUUUCGCCAAUUUCUCGCCAGCGAUAUCAAUUAAAAUUGCUGCAGAAAAGAUCACUUUAGGUAGAGCAUAAAAAGUAUAAAUCAUGUAUUAUGCAUUGGCCAUAACUGAGCAUUUGUAAAACAAUUUAUCUUUUUUGGAAAGCCUUAUGCAAGGGUAAUAAGUGUCUAGUUUUUGUUGAUAAAUGAAAAAUAUACGUAAAAGCUUUGGACCAAAUA